AACAUUUUGUUCACUCUUUUGGUUAAAUGUUUGUUUCGUUUUUAGUUUUAAUUAUAAUUUCUAAAUAAAGUGUUUAUUUAUUUAUGAUUUUUGUGGACAAAAUACGUCAGUAAUUAACAGACAAUUUUGGGAUCAAUUACUAGUAAUUGUUAUAUGAAUUGAUUGUUUUGUGUGGACAUCACUCGCGAGUGAAACGCCGACAACUUGUUCACCGAUUAUCACUUGAGAUUGAUAUAUCGAUGAAAACAAUGGGUUUAUUACCGCUCGAGUUCACCGACGGUCUGACGGAUUCGCCGUACUUUCGGGAGAAGAUUCAAACACAUGAGCGAGAGAUGGACCGCAUGAACCUCGCCAUCAAAUCACUGAUCAAAGAGGUCAAAGACCUGCUCACCGCCGCCAGAAGUCUGUCUCGUGUUCAGCGAUCAGUUGCCGACACUUUAAGUAACUUCAGCUUUGAGUGCAUCGGAAGCAGUCAAACGGACGACGAAAUUGUAAUCGCCGGUUCGCUCAAAGAGUUCGGCCGCUUAUUGUCGACGAUUGAGGACGAAAGGGACCGA